AGGCCCAGCGCAAAUUACCUCCAAUGAAACUCCCUCGCGCGUUCAAGAGGCUCCACAGUCCCCAACACAGCUGUCCGAGCUCAGCGGCCUCGCCUCCAGCAAGCGGGCGCUGACUGGUGAGCGUCUUGGCUGACGAAGAGCACCGCUGCGCCCACAGGCUUCCCUCAUAUAAAAGGACGCUAGUCUCGCUUCCCUACCUUUUGCAUCAGCCUCGGACUCCAGACCAGCAGUCCCAUCCACACUCUUACCCUCAGCAACCUUUUCACGACCACAAUGCGCGCCUUCACCCCCAUCGCCGCUCUCGUGUCCCUCGCUGCCUUCGCCGCCGCGAUCCGCAACCCGGACAACCCUCAGGACCCCAUCAACUGCCCGCCCAGUGGCGGCGCGGACCUGUGCUCGAAGGAGACUUCGUGCAACAACCGCAUCCGUAUCAACUACGGCCAGACCGAGAAGGGACACUACAUCUGGUACUUGAACGACUAUGACCCCAACAACCUUCCUCAGGGUAUCACCAUUACCACCGACACUGUUGGGACCUGCUGAGAGGCUUGAUAUGAUGGCUGAGAGGAGGUCGAUGGGAUUACGAAGCGGGCCUCAGAUGGUGACCUGAUAUUUAUGCUUGUACUUUGAGGCGCUAUUGUGUCGAAAGAUCUGCCCUCUACUUCAUUGACUCGUUUGUGAU